AUGAAAAAAGUGGUGACUAUCGCCAAGUCGAAGAAGUUUCGGGAUCAUCACGGGAAGGUCCUGCUGGAGGGCCAGAGGCUGAUCAAGGAUGCCCUGGAGGCAGGAGCUGCGCUGCAGACUCUCUUCUUCAGCACUGUGGGGCACCUGAAGGAGCUGCCCGAGGCAGAGCUAAAGCGAGCCAGCUUAGUUAAGGUGAAAUUUGAAGACAUUAAGAACUGGUCUGACCUCGUAACUCCUCAGGGGCUUAUAGGGAUCUUUUCCAAGCCUGACCAUGCCAAGAUGUCUUACCCUGCCGCUCAGCUCACCAGCUCCUUGCCACUACUCCUCAUCUGCGACAAUAUCCGAGAUCCAGGAAACCUGGGGACUAUUCUGAGAUCUGCAGCAGGGGCUGGCUGUGAGAAAGUGCUGCUCACCAAAGGCUGUGUGGAUCCCUGGGAGCCAAAGGUGCUCCGUGCAGGCAUGGGAGCUCACUUCCGUCUGCCCAUCAUCGCCAACCUGGACUGGGAAUCUGUUCCCAGCAACCUUCCUGCUGGCAUCCAGGUCUGCGUGGCUGACAACAAAGACCCCAGCGCUCAGGCUGAGACUGUGUCCGUGCCGAGAGGAGCUGGCAGGGCUGGCUCUGCUCCUGGCAGCCCAAAGGCUCCUGUGAAAUCCAAACCCAAGGCUGCUCCUGAGGAUGAGGAGGGAGCAGCGGGUGUCUGCAUCCCAGACCUGGCCACGCAGUAUUACUAUGAGAACUGGACACAGACUCCAGUGGCAGGGGGGAUCGGCGGAGAGACCCAUGGUCUGAGUCCAGCCGCAUUUCACCUCGCAGCCAGCACGGGGGGGAGGAGACUGGUCAUUCCCGUGGUGCCAGGUGUGGACAGCUUGAACUCCGCUAUCGCUGCUGGCAUUGUGCUCUUUGAGGGGAAGAGACAGUUGCUGCGGAGGCACAAGCAGGCAGACGAAAGGCAGAAGGUCCCUGUAGUGGGCUGAACCACUGAGGUUUGGGCGCUGAAGUUUUGGGUGCAUCUCUUUUCCCUUUGGCACACUGUAGAGCUAAUAAAAUUGCAGCUCAGGCUGUUUGGU